AUGUCGACAGUGGUCGCUCCUCCCACGGCCGCACCACUGCCCUCCCUCGAACGGAACCCGAGUCCUCGUAGUUAUCCAACUCUGGCACCGCUGGCUCCGUCUGCCCCAUCAAGUGCCACUCCGAUCGAGAGACGACCAGAUGUCGCAUACUUGCAGGAUUCUACGCCGAGAUCAGCAGAUCGAACUCCUCCCGAUGGUGGACGUGGCUCUCCCAGGUCGCUAAGAAGCGCCGGCAAUCCGCACAUUGUGGUCAAGAAGGAACCACCCUCAUCUCCACUACAGGCAGCUACACGGCACCGGCCACGAAAGCUAGAUUUGAAUACCAACACCAGUGCACCUGCAGGUGGCCGGCCAUCUGCUGGCCCGAAUACUGGCCGAGAAGCACUGGGCCUGAUGCAAGAUGUCGGGCUUGCCUGCCUAUCACCGGGCUUUGCGACUCAGGAUCCGACCAUGCGAGAACAGCUUCAACGAAGCAUGUCCGUCAGGGAACAGCAACGCUCAAUCAUCGAGUCUCGUCUUCUGCGCUCAGCCAAAGGCGAUCCUUCAGAGACACCCAGGAUCGGCGAGACGCCAACGACUGCGAACGGCAGUAAGCAGCCAGUAACUGCCUCGAAGAAACGUCCACCUCCGGGUUUGUCCAUUGUGCCCCCAGCAGCGGACCGAUUUGCCAAUGAGCGAGUAAUCCAAUCCGCACCUCUAGGACAUACUUUCACUGGCCGCGACGGGCCUCAUCCACCUGUGCGCCAGAAUUCAAACCAGGCCCUAGCGCCCGCUACAGCUAUCAAUCAUGCUCCAGCGAUACAAACUGCAAAUCGACUUCCUCCAAUUUCGGACGUAUUUGGAGCGAAUGAGUUCAACCCUUCAUCCGCCCGACCCCCCUUCCUACAUGCAAACUCAACGCCAGCGCACAUCCACGGCCCUCCGAUGCCAUCACCAAGCUACCCGCCCCAAACAGCACAUCCCAUGUCUCAGCAUGCCCAGGCGUACGAGCGACCAAGAGAGUACAGAUCGGCCGAGGAAGCCGUGCAUGAAAUGACUGGCGGUAGGGAAGAUCUGCAGCCAAAACUCGUCCACUACGGUGGGCAUCAGCCUCCUACACCCCCUUCUCCACACCAUCAAAGUCACAACAUGACACCACACAAAUUCCAUCAACCUACAAAUCCAGAAGCGGGCCGGCGAAGGAGCCGAAACGAGUAUGAAGCAGGUAGCAGCCCGCCUCUUGGCAACGGUCGCGGACCACGAUAUGCUCCGUUCGGUGAGGGCAGAGACAGUCCCGCAACAACACAAGCCAAGAAAGACGAGUUUCUGCAACUUUGCUCGAGGGCAUGGGAUUUGUUUCAUUCGUGA